AUGGGCGUUUACAGAUUCCUUGGAUGGGCAGCGGCCCUUGGCACCGUGUCGGUGGCUGCAGGGCCUUCUCGGAUGCCUCUAUCUGCAGGCUCGUCAGCGGAGGCAGGCGAAGAGGUGGUUGUAUGGCGUUUUCCCACGCACCUUGAGAUUGAUGCAGAUGGUUUGCCACAAUACACGCUUCCUCGUCCUCCGUUACCGCUCGACGACGAGCUUCCCCGCGUACCCCUUGUACCGCAGCGGUGUGAGUACGACGCAGAAGGUGGAAGCCCGAGGCAUCUUCAUCUUUCAAUGGAGGGCGUCCUUUCUUUGGAGUUUGAGUGUCCUAAAGAAGUUCCCAGUACUCUUGAACCGUCCGACCGCAAGCAAGCCUUUCGUGUAAGUGGGGACGGCACUUGCGACACUGAUUCCCUUGUCGAUAUAGCGACGGUUUUACCGUCAGUGUGGUUCAGCGAUCUUUUUUCGGAAUACCGCAAUUCCGGCUCUUAUGGCCUCUUCCUUCCCGUGAGGCCCGUUGACAAGGGAAAGAAGAUAUGUUUUUUGUGUAGGUCGAAUCCAGAAUCAGGCCCGACACAGUCAUGCUACGUGAUAAUUAACGUCCCAAAGGCGGAACUUCCAAGCACCAGGAUAUGCGAUCCAUCCCUCCGUGCUGAAGAAAACAUGCUGGGUUUUGGCGAUGACGGCACAAACAAUGCCGUCACGCUGCAUUGUCCGACAGGCUAUCCAGUCCUCAACCCUUCGAGCAGCAGCGAAUAUGUAAACACGGGUCCGGAGUGCCUGGACAGCGUAAAGCUGGAAGAUCUGUUGGGCACAGGAACAGUUGGCACUCACAGUGGAUCAUGCAUGUGCAGGGCAUAA